UUUACUAUAAAUACUGCUUAGAAAACUAAAUAAUUUAUUGUACCAGUAUCCACUGAACAAUAACAAUGAAAGGUAUUCUCUUGGCUAGUUUUCUAGUAGUUGCCGUCAGUGCUUCUUCUCUGCUUGAGCAGGAUGGCGUCAAAUUCCAAUCUUUCAAGUUGAAACACGGCAAGACUUACAAGAACCAAGCCGAAGAGACCUCUCGUUUUGCAAUCUUCAGAGACAACCUUCGUUCUAUUGAAAGCCACAAUGCCCGUUUCGAACAAGGUCUUGAAACUUACACCCAAGGUAUCAACAAGUUCGCUGACAUGACACUCGCUGAAUUCAAAGCCAUGCUUGCGCUUCAAAUUCCCAGCAGACCUACCUACCAAGCCGACAAAGUAUUCGAACUCCCGGAAGGAGCUACCGUUCCAGACUCCAUUGACUGGAGAGAGAAGAAUGCCGUCAACCCCAUCAAAGACCAGGAAUCUUGUGGAUCGUGCUGGGCUUUUGCUAUUGUUGGAUCUACUGAAGGUGCCUACGCUAUCAAAACAGGAAACCUAAGCAGAUUCUCCGAACAACAACUUGUUGACUGUACCACUGACUUCAAUUUAGGUUGCAACGGUGGAUAUUUGGAAUUAACCUUCCCUUACAUUCAAAAGAAUGGUCUUGAAUACGAAUCAGACUACCCAUACACAGGUGAAGACGGCACUUGCCAAUAUGACUCUUCCAAAGUAGUAACCAAGAUCAGUUCUUACGUCAGCUUCAACAGCAGUGAAGACACAUUGAAAGAAGCCGUAGGAACUGCUGGACCAGUAGCUGUUGCUAUCGAUGCUGAUUACAUCAUGUUCUACGACAGUGGAAUCUACAACGACUCUAGCUGCGACCCCGACUACCUGGACCACGGUGUCUUGGUUGUUGGAUACGGUACUGAAAAUGGACAAGACUACUGGCUGAUCAGAAACUCAUGGGGAAGUUCCUGGGGUGAAGCUGGAUAUUUCAGAUUUGCACGUGGAGUUAACCAAUGUGGUAUCAAUGCCGACAACACCUACCCCAUCAUAUAAAUUAUUUAAUUCGCAUUCAUUUUAUAUUAAAAUUACUAAAACUACUCUGUGAGUACUAAAAUAGUAUUAACUAGUAUUAAAAAAGAUCUUGUGAACAAUUAUGAAAUAGUAAAUCAAUAAAUAUUUUUAUCUCU